AGCGGAAGUGACGCAAGUCGCCUCCCCAUCGCUCCGAAGAAAACGUCUACCCUACGAAGUGCACUAGAUUGAUGAAGUCUUCUAACUCUACUUGAAAUGGCGUUCUUAGAUCACGUGUACACGAGUACGCCAUGUGAUACAGUAAACCCCGUGGAGCCAGUUUAUAAUUGGACCCUAAAGGAAGCAGAAGAGCUUGUGAAGCUAAGGAUGUCAAAUAGUUAUCUCUUCUCCGGAAAGAGAAAUACAGCCGCGAGGGCAUGGAUGGCCAUCCUCAGACAUAUGGGCUUGCAACACAAACUGAACCACCGUCAGGCCAAGAAAAAAUGGGAAAACCUAAAACAACGAUACAAGGAUCUUAAGGACAAAAGUCAUUGUUAUAUGUGGCCUCUCUUCACUGUGAUGGAUGACGCCAUGGAAGGCAGACUAGAAGGAAGCGCUCCCAUUGUAGGAAUCUGCACCGAUGACAAGUUGUGUAUCUCAUCCAGAGGUAAAAAGAGAAAGAGAACCCCGCCUAGCAUCUCUCCGGUGAAAGUAACAAAGGUCCCGGAAAUUGAGGUGAUUUUGAACGGAGAGGAUAAAUCAGAAGAGGAGGAGGAUGGUGGUGAUGAGGAUGUGAUGGAAGGCAGCCAUGAGUUUAUGCUGCUAGACGAAGCCACAGAGAGGGAAAAACAAUCCAUGGAGCUCGAGCGCAUGGCCCUGCAACGGGACAGGGCAUUGCUGGAGCGGGAGAUAGCCAUCGUCGAGCGGGACAGAGCCUUGAUGGAGCGGGAAAGGCUGCUUUUAGAGCGGGAAAAAGAAAUUGUGGCCAAGGACCGAGAUGCCAUCAACAGAGAGCGGCUGGUUUUGGAGAGACAGAAAGCCGCAAUGGAACCUUCUGCUGAACAGGAGACAACCACAGACUCAAAGAACAGGACAGAACGUUUCCUGGACUUGUUUGAAAAACUCAUUGAUAGUUUUUGAUAGGGAAUAAACCUUGAACUUUCUUGUUGAA